AUAAUUUUGUUCUCUCUACCUAUCUUUUAAUAACCCAACCCAUAGAAGAAAAUCAUUGUUUCUCAAAUAAUUCCUUUUUGUUUAUUCACACGCGCUUAUAUAUAUAUUUUUUUCCAUUUUUAAAUAUCUCUCAUUACACUUGCCACCUUUUUCACUAUGCUUUUAUUAUGAUUUCUUUUUUGUUGGAGUUUUUGCCUUUUUAGCUUUUUGCUUCACUUGAAUAUUAAUUAUCUCUUAGCUUCUCUUCACACUCUCUAUAUCUUCUUUAUCUCUCACCUAUAUCUACAUACAUUUUCACACUCUUCACACUCUUAUAAUUCAUACAUGAUGAUGAAACUAUAUUAAUGGCGUCGUGGUGGUGAAUUUGAUGCAGCAAUAUUAUCAGUCAUUUAUAUGAUGGAUUCUUGCGUCCCACCUGGAUUUCGGUUUCAUCCGACCGACGGAGAGCUGGUUGGUUAUUAUCUUAGAAAGAAAGUUGCUUCUCACAAGAUUGAUCUUGAUGUUAUCAAAGAAAUCGAUCUAUAUCGUAUCGAACCAUGGGAUCUCCAAGAUAUGUGUAGAAUUGGGAAUGAGGAGCAGCAUGAAUGGUAUUUUUUUAGUCACAAAGAUAAGAAGUAUCCGACGGGGACGAGGACGAACCGAGCUACGAUGGCGGGGUUCUGGAAAGCAACAGGAAGAGAUAAGUCAGUGUAUGAACGAACAAAGCUUAUUGGAAUGAGGAAGACACUUGUUUUCUACAAAGGAAGAGCUCCGAAUGGACAGAAAACUGAUUGGAUCAUGCAUGAGUAUAGGCUUGAAACUGUAGAAAAUGCACCUCCACAGGAGGAAGGUUGGGUUGUGUGCAAAGCAUUCAAGAAGAAAACCAAUGUCCAAACAAAGACUAAUGAAAGAUGGGAACCAAACAACUUAUAUGAUAUGGAACAAACAAGUGGCAUCAUCUCAAUGCAACCUCAGAGACUUUCAUCUCAAACUUUCAUGUACAAGCAAGAUAUAGAAGAAGAUAACUUAAUCUUCAUGCAUUCACAACAACUGCUACCUCUUCCUCAGUUAGAAAGUCUCUCUUUGCCAUUAGCAAAGAGACAAAUUUCAAUGUCAAUAGAAUCAGAAAAUAAUGUUAACAAUAAUGAUGUUCAAAUUGGAUUAUUAUCCAGCAUCAACAAAACUGAGAAAGUGACUGAUUGGAGGGAUCUUGACAAGUUUGUAGCUUCUCAGUUGAGUCAAGAAGAUCAUAGACAUGAAACAAGCUCAGACAUGUCAUUGUUGCUACUUCAAAGUAGUAGUGAUGAAGAGAUAAAGUUAAGCUCAUUUUUAAGUACAAGCUUAGAUUGUGACAUUGGGAUAUGUGUAUUUGAAAAUUAAAUACACAUAGAAAGGGGUUAUCUUUGCUCCAUUUGUAGUAUUAUAUAUGAAUAUGAAUGUUUGCUUGAUGUU